UAUCGAGCGCGCCUUGGAGCAGAUGCGAGCUCGGUUCGUGGAGGUGAACGGUCCUCACGUGCAUGCUAAUGUGUGCUUUGUGGAAGUCUAUAGUAACCGACAGCCCCAGGGACAGGACUUCACAGAUACCACCUUUUAUUUUCUAAAAGCCUCCUGCUUUCGUCAAUCGUCAGAUUUCAUUCUCGAACCAUGCGCUUCCUUCAACUACUCUCCGUCUUGCUUGCCACUGGCGUGCUGGCAAUGAGAGCUUCAAGCUGCCCUCCGUUCCCUUCUUCGAUGGUCGAAUUCUCUUCUGAAUUCAAUCAGCCAGAUCCUCCUAUGGUAAAGGCUGAGUAUGAGACCAACUUUAUCCAACACAAGUGGAAUCAAAACCUGUCGCACGUCACAACCGGUUUCAUCAAUAGCUCGCCAUCUCAGAGUUUCGUUUGGGUUGAUGAAGCUUUCAAUGGUAGCCUGGCCUCGUCCUUCUUCAAUUAUGCCAACUCUACCACGGAAGGUUUGGUGGACAACACUAUGACCACCUUUGAUCACAAAUCCAAUAAGCCAACUAUAUGGAAGGGAUACGUCAACUCGAACUUCCCUUUGUUUCCUGAAGAUAUACUAGUCAAGAAUGGUGCUGUUUUUGGCGGGCUGGUCCGGCGACAGUUCAACGAGAACCUUGUGGCAGCUUGGAAUAUUAUGUACCAGGGAGCUAUUCCGGCCACAGUCUACGUGAGCAACUGCAAUGUCAUCGUUGGAUACGACUAUUUUUCCCCUGAAUUGCGCACCAGAGUUAUCACUGAAUACUUCAAUAUCCAGGCCUAAGCUGCCUCAACAUCAUAGGGUCGUGGUUGAGCCGUUCGCGCCAGAACGAGUGCUGGCGAGUUUGUUUCAUCAACCAGUGUCGAAUCCCGUUUUCUCGAUGACGUAACAAUCAAGUGAUAGAGCUAGUAUAGUGCACAUGUGUAG